AUGAAAAGCCAUUUGAAGCCCUUGUUCGUAUGGGCCAAAGUUGAGGAAAAGGGGGUCAACAAGGUUCUAGUUGAUGGUGGAGCUGCAAUUAACCUUAUGCCCAGGUUCAUGCUUAAGAAGCUGGGUAAAACUGAGGCAGACCUGAUUCCACACGACAUGGUUUUAUCAGAUUACGAAGGGAAAACGAGUACCUCCAUGGGGGGGGCAAUCAUGCUAAACAUAACUGUGGGGACAGUAGGCAGAUCAACCCUCUUCAUUGUUGUGCCUUCCAAGGCCAAUUACAACUUGCUACUGGGAAGGGAGUGGAUCCAUGGUGUCGGGGCAGUACCUUCUACUUUGCACCAAAGGAUCUCCAUCUGGAAAGCAGAUGGCAUAGUCGAGAUUGUGCAAGCAGACCAAAGCUACUACCUGGCGGAAGCAGGUUAUGUCGAUAAGAAAAACUUUGAAAAGAAUUUGGCCACAAUUUCUCCUCUAGACAUAGUGGCCAACCAGUAUUUUAAUCCUUACUUUAGAUCCCAUUCGAGGACUGCACCUCAAUGA